CGAGCAGGGGGCGCGGGGAAAGCAGAAUUUCCAGUAGCUCUGGUUCCGUCGCCCGCGCGCACUCGCACUCGCACACACCUCCACCUGCACAGACUUGAAAGUCCAGUUUCACCAGCGGGACUGAGGCGCCGGGAAAAAAAGGGGAGCGAGUUCAUUGGAUCAAACAUGUCACAAGAGACGGACAAUAACAAGCGACUUGUGGCCUUAGUGCCAAGUGACACUUCAUUCAACACCAGACGAGCCUACACCAGCGAAGAUGAAGCCUGGAAAUCCUAUCUGGAGAAUCCCUUAACGGCAGCUACCAAGGCUAUGAUGAGCAUAAAUGGUGAUGAGGACAGUGCUGCUGCUCUUGGCCUAUUGUAUGACUAUUAUAAAGUUCCCAGAGAUAAAAGGCUGUUGUCUGUUAACAAAGUGAGUGAUAAUCAAGAAGACCAAGAUAAAAGAAAUUGUCUUAAUACCACCGAAGCUCAGAGUAAUUUGAGUGGGGGUGAGAACCGUGUGCAAGUCCUGAAGACAGUUCCUGUUAACCUUUCCUUAAACCAAGAUCCUCUGGAGUCAUCCAAAAGGGAAUACAACACAAACGUAUCUGGGAGCUCAACGCCCAUUACCGGGACUGGUGUGACUGUGGUCAAAGCGGAGGAGUUCACCCCUGUUUUUAUGUCCCCACAAGCACACUAUGCAAGGGGAGAAAAUGAGGAGCACCGAGGGGUUAUCUUUGAACCGUACGAAGUGUCCAGCAUGGCACCYCACACAAAUUAUCUCAAAGACGACCAGCGUAGUACACCUGACAGUACCUACAGUGACACCUUCAAAGACGGAGGAACGGAGAAGUAUCGCAGUGUGUCAGUGGGGGCUGAAGAAUAUAUUUAUGAACAAACCAGCACUUUUCAGUAUACACUAGAAGCUACCAAAUCUCUGCGUCAAAAGCAAGGGGAAGGGCCAAUGACCUACUUAAACAAAGGCCAGUUCUACGCCAUUACCCUGAGCGAGACGGGCGACAACAAAUGUUUCCGGCAUCCCAUCAGCAAAGUCAGGAGCGUGGUCAUGGUGGUUUUCAGUGAAGAUAAAAACCGAGAGGAACAGCUGAAAUACUGGAAGUACUGGCAUUCUCGGCAGCACACGGCUAAGCAGAGGGUCCUUGACAUUGCUGAUUACAAGGAGAGUUUUAACACCAUUGGGAAUAUUGAAGAAAUUGCAUUCAAUGCCGUGUCCUUUACUUGGGAUGUCAAUGAAGAAGCAAAGAUUUUCAUCACGGUGAAUUGCCUGAGCACAGAUUUCUCCUCGCAGAAAGGAGUCAAGGGGCUUCCUUUGAUGAUUCAGAUAGAUACGUACAGCUACAACAACCGCAGCAAUAAACCYAUCCACCGAGCCUACUGCCAGAUCAAAGUUUUUUGUGACAAGGGAGCAGAAAGGAAAAUCCGGGAUGAAGAGAGGAAGCAAAACAGGAAGAAAGGCAAAGGCCAGGCAUCGCAGGCCCCGUGUAGUAACUCUGAAGGGAAGCUGAGUGCUCUCCCUCUGCAAAAAAAGAGCGAUAUCACCUUCUUCAAAACGAUGGCUGACCUGGAUUCCCAGCCAGUUCUUUUCAUUCCAGAUGUUCAUUUUGGCAACCUGCAAAGAACUGGACAGGUUUACUAUAAUACAGAUGAUGAGAGAGAAGGGAGCAGUGUCCUGGUCAAAAGGAUGUUCCGGCCUGUGGAGGAGGAGUUUGGCCCGUCRCCUUUGAAGCAGAUGAAAGAGGAAGGUCUGAAAAGAGUGCUUUUGUACGUGAGGAAGGAGACGGAUGAGGUGUUUGAUGCUUUGAUGCUGAAAUCACCCACAGUAAAGGGGCUAAUGGAAGCGAUCUCUGAGAAAUACGGGCUGCCAGUCGAAAAGAUUGCAAAACUUUACAAGAAGAGCAAAAAGGGYAUUCUGGUAAACAUGGAUGACAACAUUAUUGAGCACUACUCCAAUGAGGACACAUUCAUCCUGCACAUGGAGAGCAUGGUCGAAGGCUUCAAGAUCACGCUGACUGAGAUCUAACCUUGGGCAGAGCCCUUCUGUAAGGAACCACCGCAUUUCAUCCUUACUGGAAAGCAGGAGAUUCACCAGGAACUUGACAGACAUUGAUCAGAGAAACUGUUACAAGACUGCUUGGRAAACAUAAUCCAUUCUGCACGUGCAUGCCCAUUGCAUACAGACUUGGGUUUGUCAAGCACAAGGCCACUCACGGUAACCUGGACCCUUAUUUAUUGUUCCUUACUCUCUAGUGUACAAGCAGUUCCCAGCCCCCAGAUUUGUAAGCAGAUGAUCCACUGGAAAUGUGAAAUGCAGCAUUUUUAUCCCUGCUUUCAUGUGGAUAAGCUCAUUCUAGAACAUGUUAARGCACCACGCUGGUCCAAUUUCAGAAAUCUGGUAUAAAUCACUUUAACAGCAGUCCUCUCCACUGUAGUGAAAAAAAAUGGUGUAGUGCUAARGAUGGGGAAGGUGGCUGGCAAUUCCCUUGCUCAGACUGCUCCAUAUCUCUCCGUAGUGUAUAGUCUUGCCAAAUACCUCUGGUAGUUCUCAGCAUGUAGCAAUGAGGACUUGUAAGUAAGGCAUUCAGUUAAAAAUGUCAUUUGUAAGUAAAUGGUAAAGAAUCCAUUUUAACCUUGUAUAUAAUGUUUAUAAUAUGCAAUAAUAUAUUUUAACUACUGUAUGUGGGCAUAUUUACUGCCACUGUGUUUUUAUAUGUUUGGGGUGUAGGGUUUAACAGAAUCUUUCCUAGAGGRUUAGAUUUCUGCAGUCUGUUAAGGAGUGUGUGCUGAGAAGCCGGUAWUUCCACCUUCACUCAUACACUCCAUCCCUACCCACCUGGUUUUGUACUGAAAUACUGGAGCAAACCGUUGCUGCAGGGACCAGAGUGCCCUGUCACAAGGAGAUCCAUCUUAGGUGCCUGAGUCCCAGCUGUAGAUAUUUGAGUGCCCCAUUGAGCUGUCACCAACCCCCGUGCCCCAUUUAUCUGCUGCCUGGCACGUCUGGAGCUCUGGAAGGGGCUCCUGUCUGCUUUGUUGGCCAGCAAGGGCCAUCAGGGUGGGCCUUUCUAAAGCCAAUGGAGGGAGAAGUGUUUUUCCCCACAGCCGGCUCAUUAAGGCAUUCCUGUAGACUGUAGGAAGUGGGACUUCAGAUUCUUCCUCUUCUUCUUAAGGGAACAAACUCUUGUAUCUCCAGUGGAAGAUUCUGUUUUAAUUCCUAGGACAGUUGGAUGAGGUAGAAACCCGACCUUGAUGUAGAUACUUUAUAGGAAUUGGAACUAUUUCACUAGUGCUGUUUAAGAGCAGCCCACAGCUGAGGUGUGGAGACAGACCUCUUUCACAAAGGGUGGAUCUCAUCCCAGGUCCGGCUUCCACCUCUGCCUCAUGAAUUUUGUGAAAAAGAAAGUUUCAGGCUCAUCAUAUCCAAAA